AUGGACCAUGACAUCCAAUCUCACAGCGACCCAUACCAACACAACCACGGCCGACCACCACCAAACCAUGCCAAUCCCCCGGUCCGCACAACGGGCCCCUUUGCCGCAGGCCAAGACGGUCAUCAAGAACACGAAGCCGAAGACGACGACGAAGAGGAUGAAGACGAAGACGACGACGAAGAAGAGGGCGAUGACGAUGCCGAUGGCGACGGCGAAAACGACGACGACGAUGACGACGACGACGACGAAGACGACGACUCGGCAGACGAGUCCGGAGACGACGGCGCUGACGGCGGCCGUACUCAUGAUGCAGAUGACGACCACCAUCCUCAUACUGACGGCCAUCCACAAGGCCCGAACGGUUCGCGCGCGCAAUCGGCUCUAGCAGAUCAGCACCACCGCACCUCGUCGCGCCCCGCAGGCCAAGACUACCUCGCAAAGGCCCACGCCCGCCGCCGCCUCUUCCACCCUUCGCCCGAGUGCCUCUCCACCAACGCCUACCAGAUCGAACCCAUGGCCGCCGCACCCCACGCCUGCCAGGUACACGCUAUGGCCCUCAGCCAGGACAGCAACUGCCUCCUCUCCGCCGGCGCAGACGGCUUCAUCCGCCGCUACGACCUACACGCGACCAUGAACGGCAAGAGCAUGCUCACCCAAAACGUCCGCCAUGGUUUCGUCGAGGGAAUCACCCGGGGAGGGGUCCUCUCGGCCUGGUGGCCCAACCAAGAGGUCCCGCCCAACCGCAGCGACGCCAUCGCAGAGCGCGACCGCCCCCUCGGCGUCGUCCACAGCCUCGCAUGCCACAGCGACGCACUCUGGGGACUCAGCGGCAGCGAGUCAGGCAACAUCCACCUCUGGGGCAUCCGCCACGACGUCGGAGAGACCCGCCACGUCUUUCGAAAGCACAAGGGCCCCGUAUCCGUACUUGCCCUCGCGAACGACGACACCGAGCUCAUCAGCGGCGGCUGGGAUCUCGGCGUCCAUCAGUGGGACCUCCAUACCGGUCAGGUCGUCCGCUCUUAUCCGGGCCAUGCAGGACAGGUCUCGUCGAUCUCGUUUCGACCCGUCGUCCAGCGCAAUCCGGCCACAGCCGUCUCGCGCUCGUCUUCGUCUCGAGCAAAUACGCCCACCAUCUCGAUACGGGCCUCGGCCGCGCCUGAGAGCCGCGCCAGCCCCGGUAAGGGGUUAGGACAAGGAUCGACCGAUCCACCAGCGGCCAAGGAUCCGGAUGCCAUGGAUAUUGAUGGGCCAGAGGAUGGCGAGCCGGGCCCAAGUGCAAGCAUGCAGCCCGGAGAUGGAGCCCAAGACAGCAAGCCAGACGGGUCACGGCCGACCUCGCCGACGGCAAAGCGGCAAGUGUCGCCUCGCUCGCCGGCAAAGGACAGGUCGAAGUUGAAGUCAAAGUCGAGGUCUCCUGCGCCAAUACCGGACGGGCCGGGUGGCGGGGGCGCGACGGCCAAAGACGAGGCAUCCAGACCCUCGGGCGGCGAUGCCGCAGCCGACGAGGAGAUGCCCAUAGUCAAGACGGAAGCCGGGCUCGAGGGCGAGCCACCAAGCUCCGCAAAUGGGCCCGGCACAGACAACACGGCGGCGGCGGCGGCGGCGGUAAAGGAAGCCACAGGGCGAGCACCGUCGCCGACACCAUCGCAGAAGCCACCAUCGCCGACCGACGGCAAAGACGGAGCCAGCACGUCGAAAGCGGCGGGAGGGGACAAGGCUGAGGACGACCCUACGGAAGAGGAGCUGGCGUUUGAAGCCGAGCUCAACGCCAGCCUCGGAUUCGCGCUCGGGGAUAAGGCGGGGGACCCGCAUUCCAUGGACACGGACGCCAAGUCCAAGUUUGAGAGCGCCCAGAGCGACGCGCCCUCUGCCGUCGCGAACUCCGCGGUCGGCAGGCAAGGCGGCGGCGGCGGCGAUGACAAGGAUGCGGAUGCGGAUGCGGACGCGGACGAUGAGGACCUGUUUGGCGGAGAGACGCCGCCUUCGACAGCCGCGACGGGCGACGGUGCCGGGGCUGGGGCAGGACCAGGACCAGCCGGGUCGACGGCGGACAAGAAGCCGGGCGGUGCCGGCGCUGCGGACAACGACGACGGCAUCACCACGCCCAAGGGGUCCAAGGACGAUUCCGACGGCGACGACUCGCUGUUCGGCGACGAUGGCGACGACGAAGACGACGACGACGGCGGCGGGAUGGACGCCGAAGCCGACGCCGACGGCGACGCGGAUGCAGACGGCGAUGAGGACGCAGAGGGCGACGACGACGACGACGACCAGUCUUCGGACGAGGACAUGCCCCUGGCGGGCAGAGCAAUGGGUUUUGGCGCCGGCUCGGGCGCAAGCGGCGGCGGGGGCGGUUUCGGCGGCGUGGCGCUACCGGGUCGAUCGACCGAGACGCCGGAUCCAUCGUCGUCGUCCCUCUCGCCGAUAAAGACGCCCCUGCUCGGGGCUGGGGUGGCGCUGCCGUCGGGCAGCAUGUCUCGCGUCAACAGCCAGCAGCAGCCGGCAUCGCUCCCCGGUGCAUCCUCGCUCAGCAUCCCGGGCUCGUCCAAGGCCAAUGGCACCUCGAGCUCCACGACGUCGAAGGCCACACCAUCCAACGCGACGCCAAAGGCGCUGCCGAAGCCGGCGUUUGGAGGCUUUUCGGCCCACUCGGGGUUCGACGACGACGUGUCGACAUUCAGCAGCGACGUCAUGCUCACGUCUUCGCUCGCCGGGCAGGUGCUGCUGUGGGACCGCCGCGUCAAGACGACGACGACGAGCGACGGAGUGGCCAAGGGCGUGCGCGCGCUCGGCCUGCCGGAAAAGACGCCGCCGUGGUGUGCCUCUGCCAUCUUCAACGCCGAUGGGGACCGGAUCUACGUCGGCAGGAGGAACGAGAGCGUCGACGAGUGGGACAUGCGCAUGCUCCCCGACACCUCCUCGACCGCGGCCGGAGGGGCAGGGAUAGCGAAUCCGAAAUUCUAUCGAUCGCUCAAGCUGCCCUCCAACAGCGGACCCGUCACCUCUCUCGCGGCCAUGCCGAACGGCAAACACAUCAUCUGUGGAUCCUACGACAAUAUCCGGCUAUGGAACACAUCACCACCACCACCAUCAUCUAAUCUGGAGGAGACGAUAUUGGGGAGGGUGCCCUUCCGCAUCGUGGCGGGACACCACGGUGCCGCCAUCUCCCAGAUCCUCAUUGACCCUACGUGCCGCUUCCUCAUCACGGCCAGUGGCGACCGAGGCUGGAUGGCAACCAGCUCAGAGGCCGUCAUCGUACAUGAAAUCAAACCUGCUUAG